AAUUUCAGAAUGGAGUCGGACCCUGACGAGGAUUUUGAUGAUUACCGCUACGGAAUCGACGAAGAAGAUGAUUACCCGGAUUCCCGUCCCACGGUGAUUCUAAUGGGACACAAGAGAAGCGGAAAAACUUCAAUUCGUAAGGUUGUGUUCCAAAAGAUGUCACCGAAUGAGACGAUGUUCGUCGAGAGCACGGCCCGAAUCACAAGAGACACAAUUUGUUCUUCGUUCAUCAACUUUGAGACGAUUGAAUUUCCCGGCCAAAUGUGCCCUUUUGAUGAUUCGCUGGAUCCAGUCGGUGUAUUCCAAAAAUGUGAAGCUCUUCUUUUCAUCAUAGAUGCACAGGCAGAACUUCAAGAACCGAUCGCAACGCUGGUUGAAUAUUUUUGCCGUGCUUACAAAAUCAACCAGAACAUCAAAUUUGAAGUUUUCGUUCACAAAGCCGAUGGAUUGACUGAAGAAGCACGUGUGGAAACGAAAUUCAAUAUCUACCAUCAGGUCAAAGAAACUAUCAAGGACCAGAUCGAUGUGGAUCUUCAAGUCACGUAUCAUCUCACCUCCAUUUAUGAUCACUCUAUUUUCGAGGCGUUUUCCAAAGUCGUCCAAAAUCUCGUCAAGCAACUGCCAACACUCGAGCGUCUUCUAGACGUAUUUAACAAUAGCUCUAAAGUUACUAAAUCAUUCCUGUUUGAUAUUCUCUCAAAAAUCUACAUUGCAACCGAUUCGGAGCCAGUGGAAAUGAGCAUUUACGAGUUAUGCUGUGAUAUGAUCGAUGUCACUUUGGAUUUGUCAUCCAUAUACGGAGUUGCCGAGAAUGGCUCAAACUACGAUGAACGAUCCUCCUCAGUGAUCCGUCUCAAGUCAGAACAAGUGAUGUUCCUCCGUCAAGUCAACAAGCAUCUUGCCCUCGUUUUUAUCAUGAAAGAAGAUGGAAACGAAAAAGCCGGUUUUAUCGAUCACAACUUCGGUGUCUUCAAAGCAGGAAUCGAGCAAGUAUUCAAAGUUAAAAACAGGGGCGUUAACUUCUAAUUUCGUACGUAUUCUAAAUUAAACAAUUUUCCGUUUGUAUUUUGAUUGACAUCGAAUAAAUGCUUUUACAAUGAC